AAUUCACCUAAUUAGUUCAUCUCAUCACACGCUGCUACAAGAGAGAGAGAGAGAGAGAGAGAGAAGCAUCGACACCAAAAUCGCGAAUCUCGUUCAUUGUUGUGCUUCCGUUUCGCGUUGGUGAUCCUCCUCUCGCUGCUCUCUCCACCACCACACAGAGUGACUCACUCACCAAAUAGCAAUGGCUGCUCAGAAGCGUUCCUUCCCUGAUGCUCCUAACGAUAACAACCGCCACGCCAAACAUCACCACGAAGAAGCAAAAACUGAAGAAGAAGAAGAAGAAGAAGAAGAAGCACAACAACAACAACAGCAUGAUGAAGAAGAAGAAGAAGAGGAUAAUAAUUACAAAUCAGACGAUUCUCCUCCCGAAGACAAAUCCGAAUAUGUGUUUGUAGAACUUCUGGAAAUACGCAAAGAAGUCCAAUGUCCAAUUUGCCUAGGUAUUAUUAAGAAAACACGUACUGUUAUGGAAUGCUUGCACCGGUUUUGCAGGGAAUGCAUUGACAAGUCGAUGCGACUAGGGAACAAUGAAUGCCCUGCUUGUCGAACACACUGUGCCAGUCGUCGUUCUUUGAGAGAUGAUCCAAACUACGAUGCCUUAAUUGCAGCUUUAUAUCCUAAUAUUGAGAAGUAUGAACAGGAGGAGCUUGAAUUUCGUGAAGAGGACAAGAACCGCAAUAAGCAGAUUCAGGCUUCAAUUGCAAAAGUUGUUCAACGACAAUCUGAAGCACUGGUUAAGAGACGUAGAGAUACACCAGGUUCAUUUGUGACAAGAUCACAGCGCAAUCAACGAAAUGUUCUCUCUAGGAGACAAAACCAAGGGAUGGAUAAUCAAGGAUCUGAAGAUAAUGAGGAGGAAAAUGACAAUAAUGAAAAGGACUCAUCUUCCACAGAUGAGCGAUGUACAGAACUCAGGCAGAGAAGGCGAAAGAGGCGGACCAGAGGUCGUCCUUCUCAGCCCUCAUCAUCGACGGCAAGUCCUGAUGGUGGAUGCAUAGAAAGUGACAUGGACAUAAGAAUUUCUUCUAGACUGGUGUCAAAACCUCAAAAACUAACUUGGGGAAGGGGUGGUUUUAGGAGUCACACACGGCAUGGCAGUGGCAAUGGUAGCAAUAGCAAAAGUUCCCGCAGUAGUCGCUUGGCUAAGUUAGUUGAUUAUCUCCAUAGCUUGAAUGAAAACACUGAUGAGUUAGAUGUCCAUCUCAUUCUUUUGUCUUUAGACAAACAAAUUACACCAAGCUUGCAGCAGCCACACCUUUGCUGUCGGCCAACAUUGUCUGUGAAGCAUCUUUGUGAAUAUGUUGCUCAUCAGACACCUUUGCUGGUUGAAGAAGUUGAGAUAUUGGCAGUUAAAGGAUGCUGCAGUACAGUUUGUGACAAGUCAUUUGAUGAGACUUCAUCCUCUGAUGAGCUAACUAAGCUGGUUAUAGAUCCUAGCAAAGAUGAACUGGAAACUCUGCAAGGGCAUGAAUCUCUGGCAGGGAUUAAAUCUAAAUGCAUAUCUAAAAGGGAGCAUUUGAUUCUGGCAUACAGGAGGAAGGAAUGAGCAUUAUAGACAGUUUUGAGAUUUAUGAAUGCCAGGGCUUAUUCUGUACGUACAUAGGAAAAUUUUCGACUACAAAACUAUAUAUAGUUAAAUAAUAAUAUGAACCUCCCGAAAGAUUAUAUAGACAGUUUUGAUAUUUAUUGAUGUCAGGAUUUAUUCUGUAUGUACAUAGGAAAAUUUUCAACUAGAAAACUAUAGUGAAGUAAUUUGAUAUGAACCUCCUGAAAGGUCAUUUAUUUACAAGAGUUUGUUUCGACUUGUAUGUAAGUUUGGUACAUUAGGCUGUGCUGUACUCUAUAAAAUUUAUUACUGUUUUA